AUGGACAUGAGCAUGAACAUGCCAGCAGUGUUCUCGACCUCCACUGAAAUCACAAUCCUCUUCACCGGCUGGACAACCUCAACCACGACGCAAUAUGUCUUCACAUUGACCUUUCUAUUCCUCCUCGCCAUCUUCAACCGCUUUCUCGGCGCCCUGAAAUCCCAACUCGAGAAAUCCUGGUCCCAGCAUACCUCUCCCCCUCCAACCGUGCUUCUCGCCCCAGUAAAUCCACGGGAAAGCAUCCGAAAAGCAAAGCUCAGUCCUCUUCCCAACUACAUGCGCGUGCACGAGGACGAGGACCCCGAUGAAGAGAAUUUGCCAGUCUCGAACAAUGACAAUGAAACACAAAGCACGUCAAUGAAGCAUCUAAAAAAGGAUGGCCCUCGGAAUAGGACCUCCCUGAAACGCCUGGUCCCAUCCUGGAAGGCCAGUGGAACGUGGAGUCUCCGAAAAGACGGGACACGUGCAUUGCUUGAGUGUGCUAAGGCUUUGAUUGGAUAUUUCUUGUGA